GACCUGGGUAUUACGGCUGAAAACCAGCUCCAUACUCCUUCCAGUUCGGUUAUGCAGGGGUCCACUGAACAUCUGCCCGGGCUGAUGAACGCCAGUUCCUCUCGAUCUCCACCGGGAUCAUCUUCUGUUGGGGUUCCUGGAAGUGCAGAAUGGGUUGCGCCUGCACCCAAUACAAAUACACGCGACAAUGGAUCCUCCCGAGUUCCACUACACGGCACAACAUUAGUCGGUCCCUCUGCUUCUUCCCCCGAGGUUACAUCCCAACAUUCUCCCGCGGUGCUGGCAGACGGCCGACUGUCCGUUUAUCAAGAAUACUUUGAGCGUAAUUUUCUCUUGGAAACGGAGCGAUAUUACCGUAUGGAAAGUAUUCAAUUUCUGCAAUCCAAUUCUGUUCCGGAGUACCUGAAGAAGGUUGAAAUGCGUCUGAACGAAGAGCGAGCCCGUGUGCAAGCAUAUUUGCAUGCUAGCACUCUGCCCAAAUUAGUCCGUUCUUGCGAGCACUAUCUCCUCCGCGAGCAUAUCGACCGACUGACUUCGGAGUUUGUGCACCUACUCCACGCGGAUCGAGAAGAAGAUAUUUGGCGCAUGUAUAAGUUGGUCGGUCACUUUCCAAAUGGCAUGCGAGCUCUUGUAUCCAUGGUCGAAGAUCAUGUGGAAGAGAAGGGUUCUGAAGCACUUCGUCAAGUUGCUCAGGCGGCCUUAACAGAUCCCAAAUUGUACGUUGACUCUAUCCUACGGAUACAUCGAAAGUAUUACAACCUGGUGCUAUCGGCUUUUGCAUGCGAUCCUGCCUUUAGCCGAGCCUUAGAUAAAGGCUGCGAGCGGUUCAUCAAUCGUAAUGCUGUGACCGAACUGGCAGGUAGCGCCAGGAAAUCUCCAGAACUUCUGGCUAAGUACGCAGAUUUUUUACUCAAAAGAAGCCCUAAGGAUGUACAGAUAGAUGAUUUGGAGGAGACUCUUGGGCAAGUUAUGGAUGUUUUCAAGUACAUCGAAGACAAAGACGUCUUUCAGAAAUUUUACAGCAAAACGCUUGCCAGACGUUUGGUUUACAAUCAAUCCGUUUCGGAAGAUGCUGAAGCCUCUAUGAUUUCAAAGCUGAAGGAAGCAUGUGGUUUUGAAUACACUUCAAAGCUCCAGCGUAUGUUUCAGGAUGUCAGCUCCAACCGCGAGCUGAAUGCGAAGUUCAGUAGUUUCUUAAUGGCUCGAGAAUGUUCCGCAGGGAGUACUUUGAAAGGAGUCGAUUUCAAUAUCAUGAUACUGAGCUCCAACGCCUGGCCAUAUCAAGCACAGGCUCCGUUUUCGAUCCCUCAUGAGUUGGAGCGUUACCACACAACAUUUCUACAAUUUUAUCAAGAACAUCAUACUGGACGAAAACUUAACUGGUGCUAUCAUUUGUCUCGAGGUGAACUUAUCACAAACUACACGAAGAUACGAUAUACUUUUCAGAUAUUUGGGGGAUGUCUAAUUUCCUAUUUUCCUACUUCCCUCAGCAAACGCGUUCGUGUCUACCUGAAUGUUCCGCUUAAAGGCGAAGCGAAGCAGGAGACUGAACAAACCUUGGGCAAUGUCGAUUUAGAUCGCAAGCUGUUCGUUCAGGCUUGUAUUGUACGGAUCAUGAAGACCAGAAAAGUGAUGAAACAUCAGCAACUAAUAAACGAAGUUAUCUCACAGCUUACUCCGCGCUUUAAACCGGCAAUUUCUCUCAUCAAGCGCUGCAUAACGGAUCUGAUUGACCGCGAGUACCUAAAACGGGACAACACGGAACGCGAUGCUUAUGAAUAUCUCGUAUGAUCCGUUUCCCGCUUCCGUGGUUGCUUUUCUCACCCGUCUUUCGCGUUAGCAGCAGUCACUGAUGAGUUUUCGAUUCCCACUUCUGUGAAAUGUAAGCAGCCCAGUCACGACUCAUUUUCGCCACCGGGACCCCUUAUUUUUGUCAUUUUGCUUUCAACCUAAUUGUGGCUUCGAUGGCAGUGUCCCUACUCAUGAAACAACUUUCUUGUGUCCUCAUUAUUGGCUCUUUAGCCAACAGUCACCAUGGGGCUUACCAGUUUUCCUUUUACCUCGCUUGCGACCGCAAUCAUGCGUGUUCGCUCACCUAAAGCGAAACUCGACUGUUCACGUGAUAUCAUUAUCGUGGCUACCUCCCGAUAUGCGAUCGGGGAUCGUCCUCAUUUUCUCCUUGUUCUCCGGCUGGCUACACAUCCGUUUGUUGAUCGCUGUAUUUCUCGCCUGAUCCGAUCGUUGUACCAUACUUCAUUCAAACAUUGUCUACUAAUUGUUAUUCAUACACGCGUUUAGAGUCUUA